GGUGGAGUAGACGUUCCUCCCUCCGGCCUGCCUUGCCCCUCCCCCUCAGUCUCCCUGUGCCAGAGCGAGGCUUGCCUCAGACCUGCCAGUCGAUAAAACCCCGGGCCGUCCUAGCAUGGAGAUAGUCGCAGCUGCGGACAGUGACGAGAGGGGUCUGUCGCUCUUGAAGGUGGUCAACGUCCUACAGCGAGUGGUUGUAUUCAUACACUCAUUCACCAUCGACAAGUUUAAGGGAAACCUGCAAAGACCUUCAGGUGCCAGCCAGGAAAUGCCGCACAUGGGAGAAGACGACAUUGCCGCUAAGGUAAAGGAUAUAUGCCAGGAGCUGGUUCUGAAUCAUGAAGCUAUAAAGGAGGUGUGUAGCUGCCUUCAGGAAGAGAUCAACAGGGGCCUUGGAAAGGACUCCAAUCCCGAGGCCACAAUAAAAUGCUUCCCUACUUAUGUGAGAGAACUUCCAAAUGGCAAAGAGAAUGGAAGGUUCUUGGCACUGGAUCUUGGAGGCACCAAUUUCAGGGUCCUCUUGAUUGAGUUGGGAGCCAAGUGUACCAUGGACAGCAGGAUCUAUGCCGUACCUCAACCCAUCAUGGUGGGACCUGGAGAUGGGCUCUUUGACCACAUAGCUGAAUGUUUAGCAAGUUUCAUCAAGGAGCGAGAUCUGGGGACUGAGCUACUUCCUCUGGGCUUCACAUUCAGCUUCCCAUGCAAGCAGGAAGGUCUGACCAAGGCACGUCUUGCUUGCUGGACCAAGGGAUUCAAAUGUCCGGGUGUUGAAGGCAGGGACGUUGUGGAGCUACUCAAGCAAGCCAUUGCUAGACGAGGGGAUGUGAGGAUCAAAAUUUGUGCAGUGCUGAAUGACACCACCGGCACUCUCAUGUCCUGUGCCUGGAAGAACCACAACUGCCGCAUUGGUCUCAUUGUGGGUACAGGAACCAAUGCUUGCUACAUGGAGAAACUUGAGAAGGUGGAACUCUGGGAUGGCAGCACAGAUGAACCACCUCAGGAGGAAAAUCAUGAAGAAAUAAAAGGGGUGAUCAUCAACACUGAAUGGGGUGCGUUUGGAGACAAUGGCUGCUUAGACUUUGUUCGCACAGAGUAUGACAAUACUAUUGACCGGGAAUCAAUCAAUCCAGGAAGGCAGCUGUAUGAAAAGAUGAUCAGUGGGAUGUACAUGGGGGAGAUUGCCAGGCAGGUCCUUGUCCGUCUGGUGUCUGAUGGACUACUCUUUGGAGGAUAUGCUUCAGAUAUUCUUCUUGAGAAAGGCUCAUUUUUCACCAAAUACAUAUCUGAAAUAGAGAGUGACAAACCUGAUGACUUCAACAACUGCCGUGCCAUCUUGGAAGAGUUAGGAUUCAAUGAUGCCACUGAUGCCGAUUGUGCCAAUGUCCGCCACGUCUGUGAAUGUGUCUCCAGGCGGGCAGCAAGCUUGGCUGCUGCAGGUGUUGCUGUGCUCCUUAACCGCAUAAAUGAAGAAAGUGUAACUGUGGCAGUGGAUGGCUCAGUGUAUCGUUUCCACCCGCAUUUCCACAAUCUCAUGGUAGAACAAAUUUCACACCUCAUCAAACCUGGAAUUAAGUUUGAUCUCAUGCUGUCUGAGGACGGCAGUGGACGUGGUGCUGCCCUAGUGGCUGCUGUUGCCUCCAGAUCUGCUAGCAUGAGAUAGAAUGGCAAGUAGGUUAUGAUUUUGUGAAAUUGUCAAUAGUGUACACUCACUGCAUCUGGUAAUUGUAUGAGUUAGACCAGAUUUGUAUGAAAAUGCAAGUUGCAGGCAUAAUUGUAGAAUAUUAUAGAAGUUUUACUUCAAAAUCUCAGCUGAAGAGAGGAAAUAAUUAGGACUCGGCCAUUGUCAGACUUUUGGUUGAACAGUUUUAUUAAAUUCAAUCAUUAUUAUUGAGAAGGGAAAAGACACUGAAUCCUUGUCAUUUUUUUAUGUAUGGUGGUAAAGUUAUGUAGAAAAAUGACAGCGUGAUGCCAAUUAGUUGGAAUCAGCCUAGCAUUGUCAAUUUUAUUAGAUUUGUCUGGAAUUUGACAUUUUGUACAUAAUUCAGCUAUGAGGUUGAAUGACAAGUUGCAGCUUAUGAGAGUAAUUUGACUACAUAAUUUAAGAAUAGUUAUGCAAAAUGUCUAGAAUAUAUUUUUAUGCAAUCACUGAAUUGGGGUUUGGAUCUUCACAUUAUAUUGUCCUGAUAAGUUAUGGUUAAAUGAGAGUGGAAGUAAUACCUUGUUCAACCAUUUACUUUCGAGGUCAGUGACAUAGUACUGUAAAGACUAAUUUCUCUUUAGUAACAAAAUGGCUGUGUACAUCAGAAAAAAUAAUCAACCUAAAGGUAUGGGGAUGAAUGAACUGCCUAAAAACUUUGCUUGGAAUAGAGCCAAGGAUCAAACCAAUAAGCACUACCUGAAAUGGCAGCCCACCUUACAUUCAGGUUUGUUGUACACAUACCUCACUAUUGUCAAUUUUUGUCGUAAUGUUAACCUGUCGUGGUUACAGCAUCAUUGUACUUUUAAAUGAGUUUUAUCAUAAUCCAUCAACUCUUACCUACCACAAGAUCCCUAUGAAUCUUAUUCUAGUUUUUAAUUGAUGGUAAUUUUUAUAUGGAGAGUGCCACAACCACCCUUUUCUGUUAAUUUUUUAAACCAUGUUACUUGUCAGUCUUAUUGCUACAAAAAAAGGGUGAAUCUUUGAACUAUACGUCUCCCAUAGGCCAUUGACAGAGUCUCUCAUACCUUUGACAGGCUACAGAGGAACUCCGUCCAGCAAUAUGCCACUGGCUGGCUAUGUGUGGCCUUCAGCAUCCCUGGUGGAUUGCUAAGGGAAGGUGGUUAAUAAGAUCUCAGCCAGGCUGUAGCCUAUUAUGUUUGUGUUCGUUUCUUACACAGUCUCUGGACCAGUAUAGCAAAGAAACUUAUUUUCAGGCUUUUCCUUCUCUAUUAAGCCUCCUACACACUUUUUAUUUUGAGGUUCAUUAUUCUACUGAAAUUAUUACUGUUAUGAAAGGUACUACCUUGAAAUAGUAACAUAAUAUUAGUGGUGCUCAAAAGAAAAGAAAAUGGUGGUGGUGGAUCCUAAUUACCCAAAAUACUGGUUUUCAAUAAUUUAGGCUGACUACAUUUCUGGCUACAUUGGAUCAUCAAAAUGGAAUAUGGAAUGUAGAUUUUUUAGAUGGUUGGUAUUCAGGUAAUUGGCAUUAUGCUGUGUGUUCCUGAUUUUUUAACCAAGUUUCUUUUAUAUUGUAGAGUCUCUCUAUUUUUCCAAUAUAUGCAUGAAAGACUUGUAAAUUCACUGUUCAAAAUGCAAUUGAUAUUGUGUACUUAAAGUUACAGCAAGUUGAGUAAAUUUGUGUGUGUGUGUGUGUGUGUGUGUGUGUGUGUGUGUAAGCAAGCCUAUUGUCAAGUGGCAACAUUAUAGUAUAGAGCAAAAGUUUAUCCCAACAGCAUUUUAGCAAAAUUAUUCUGUAAGUGUAUGUGUAUACCACUUUGCUACUGCCUACAAUACAUGAACAGUCAUGACUUCUGCUACUGAUCCAAGAUCAUGGAUGAGAUGCAGAAAUUAUGACAGUAAUUAAUGGCUAACCUAAAUAUGGUUAAUGAUUUAGUUAAGCCACUUAGUGAAAUGGAUGCUAAAUGUUAUCAGAACAAGAACUAUGUAAAUCAUAAUUUGUGAUGUACAGUAGUUGUUAUUCCAUUUAUGUGGCAAAUCUAAUUUUGAACCAGUCUUGAAAGGCUUGUUUCAAGAAAUUUAGAAGUUCUUAGUUUUGAAUCCCCUUUGCUGUCAUAAUUAAGUUUGUACUGAGUGGUGUACACUUACAGAAAUAUCAUGCAAAGCAGUGCAAAUUGUGCAAAUAUCACAUGUCAAUGUGAAAUUACAAACUGGUUUUAUCAUUAACUCAUCAACACAAGACUAUAUAGAAUAUCUUUUUUUUUUAUAUCAACCUGCUUCUUCCUGCACAUGUGAGAUGGCAUCCAAGAAUAGUGAAAAGUAGAGAAAAUACUUCCUGGAAAAAUUUCCAGGUUCAAAGACUAAAUAAUUAUAUAUAAGAAAAAUACAGAGACUCUUUAUUUUCAAGUUUGUACAUCAUGUAAAAACUGAGACCUGCUGAUGCUUUACAAUAUUUCUGUUCUUUUUAGUAUAUAUUUUAGUUACUGAAGUUUCUAAAUUAUUUGUGUAACACACACACACACACACACACACACAGGAGAAUUGCAAUUAUAUGAGAUGUUAGUUUUCUCCAGCUGGUCCUUGCGUGAUAUGAUUAAUAACUUCUGAGAAUUAUUUGACAUUUUCCAAUUAACCAAUAAUUAACAUUAAGAAGUACAUAGCUGUUAUACUCACUCAAAACAACACAUACAUUGUUUGUACAUUAAUUGAUUAGCAGCUAUUUGAAACCUGAUCACUUUUUUUUUUUUUUUUUUUUUUUUUUUUUUGACUGUGCAGAUGGUUGAAAACACUGAAUUCACAAUACUGCCCAACCUUUUGCACUUAGCAGACAUAUUAUAAUUCAAACACAAAUAGAAUUUAUGCUACACUUAAGCAAACAAAGUUUUAUGUCCAGAUGGUUGUGUGAAUGCAGACUGAAUGGUAUAAGUUAGGAAGUGUGUGGGGAAGUAUGAAAUAGCUAUCCUGCAAUUUACCUCCUAUUUUUUAUUUAAAACUCUAUUGACCAAUUUUGAGAUCUGAUUUGUAUAGCAAAAAUUUCCUUAUAAUACUUUAUUGAUAAUAAUUUUCUCAGAUUUUGACAGCUCAUACAGUGCAACUUUCUCAUAUAUAUAUAUAUAUAUAUAUAUAUAUAUAUAUAUAUAUAUAUAUAUAUAUAUAUAUAUAUAUAUAUAUAUAUAUAUAUAUAUAUAUGACACACACACACACACAUGCACAUACAUAUUUGCAGAAAUACAAACACAAUUUACAAUCAAUGCAAUGGAAGUAAAUUGUGUCUUGUUUUAAAAGAAUAGUUACCAGUGUUAGUUGAAGCCAGUGCUGAUGUUCUGAGCUGAUAGUAAGGCUGGUUUAGAAGCAAAACAUAUUCAGUGUAUUUGUGAUAUAUAGGAUAAACAUUUGGUUGUUUUAAGGUAGAUAUUUCUCUUAAGUUGCUGAAAUACAUGUGCUAAGUAAAAUGCUGCAACUUCAUUUUGGUUCCAUACCUCUUACUGCAUUAUAUCACUUUUCACUUGGGAGUCUGUAUGGUUUCCUCAUAACUAGUGCUGGCAUAAUCAAUGCCACAAUUAUUAAUUUGCCAAAAUAGGAUUGGGAUAAUUUUCAGUUCUCAGAUAUAACCCAUAAAAAUAGUUUUCUUAUAAAAACAUUUUUAUUACACACGAUCUAUUGAAAAUGAAGAUACCUGUUGAAAGCAAAAUAAUUUUAAAUGAAUAUUUAUAAUGUCUAAAUAAGAAAUGCUUGUCAUAAAUUAUUAUGAAAUUUAAAAGUUUAUGCAUAUAUAAAUAUGGACCAGAUUUAUGUUCCUGAAAUAAUGUUGAACUAUGUAUAAAUUAUAUGAUAUUUUGUUGAUAAUGAAAGAAAGGUUUAAUAGUCUCUCACAAGGCAUUGUACCUUUUAAAAUGGGUUGUCUCAAAAAGGAAUAACGGUUGCUUUCCAAGAAGUUGUGAAACCUUUGGAGAUUUAGCAAGAAACAAUGUUUAUAUUAAUUUAAUUUGAUACAGAUGUUUUAUAGUUUUACUUUACUUUCAUACUAAAGGCAUAUUCUUAGCCAAAAUUAGUAUAUAAUAUGACAUUUUCAAACUUUUGACAAUUGUAGAUAAUUUGCCCAAGUAUCCAUAUAUGUUGGCAUAGUUUGUUAAUAACAAAUGGUAUGACAAGAUAUGCAACAAAUAGGUUUAUGACAAAUUGGUAAAUAUUUUAUGUAAAUAUUCUGGUUUAUUUUACUGAUUUUAAUAGUUUAUCAAUAUACAUUUAAACACUUCUGGAUAGGGAUCAUAUUUUUGAAAAACUGCAUACCUUUGUUGACUUGCAUGUCAACCUCUUGUUUAUGCCAUAAGGUCUAGUUUCAAGGCUGUGAUCUAGUUUGAAAAUAAGUAAAUUAAAUUAAUGAAAAAUCCUCAACCUUUACCUCUUGUAUUAUAGAACACAUAUACAAGCUCUGUUCAAAAACUAUUUGACUUGGCUAAGCUUCCAAUUUGAAUCUCCUAGGAAGUAAGUAGGCCACUUGUGACUCCCACAUGUUUUAAGCACAGCAGUCUUUCUCUUCUCAGAAAUAUUUAUGGAAAUCCUGUUUUGCUACAAACUGUACCAUCUCAUCCAUCACAGAGCCCUCUUGUCUCUUAAAUCAGGACCCUUUUAACAGUUCAAGUUAGCAUCAGUGACUUUUCACCAGCCCUGCUUUCUUUGGCCUUGAGGUUGCUGGAACCUUCUACUAUGCUAACUAAGCCCCAGCUUCAUACUGUGUAUCCAAAAAUUAUCAAUUGAACAUUGAUUAUGUUCUUCAAGAAAUUAAGAUCACUAUUAUUGCACUCUCAUGUCCACCAUGACAUCAAGGUGGAGGUUCUUACUGCUAAUGCAGAAGCAGAUUAAGAUCUUUAGUGUUUUUGUCACAACUUUUGUUUCUGGGUUCUAUGUAUUAUGAAUGAUCCAAGAAAAAAUAAUCAAAUUUUUUGAACAGAUCUUGUAUAUGUUAUUAAAGUGGUAAGCAACAUGUUUGUCAGUUAUGUUUGAUUUAGCUCAACAAUGUUGCUUGGUUAUCUAACUUUAAAUUGCUGUUUGCAUCACAGUCUCAGUGCUGCUCAAGUGCACCAAAAUCUUGAAAUACUAAAUCACAUACAGCACAUGGAAGCUUUUAGGUCUCUAAGAACAAACUCAACUGAUGAUGCCGUCAGUAUUCAGUAAACUCCUUUAAUAUUAUUUAUUUUAUUAUUGUAGAAAAAGUACUUUUCACAUUGGAAUUUUUCUUAAAAAUUGAGUAGGUUUAAACUUACUUGAAACUACAAAAAGUUAAAUUUAAAAGAUGGUUGGCUAAAUUUAUAAGAAAGUGAUCAGGUAAUUACCAUUACAAUGCAGAAUGUUCAAAAUGAUUAAUUCUACACUUAGAACCCUGAAACUGCACCAGUCUUAAUAAGUAGUACUGCAUCAUUACACUUAUCAGAUAUUUGCAAUCAUUUACCAACAGGUUGCUUGAAACCAAAGUAAAAAAUUCUCAGAUGUGAUUUGUCUUCUAAAAUCAGAGAUGCAAAUUUUCUCUACACCUUUGCUGAAUUAAUGCAAAGAAAUACAUUUCUUCCAUAUAAUAUGAAGCCAAACAAAAAUUAGUAACCAAUGCACAUCUGGUAACUCUUAAAUUAUCUCUUAUUUCUCCAAUUCUUGGAUGUACCAUUAUAUAUCACUCAAAAAAAAAAAAAAAAAAAAAAAAAAAAAGAAAGAAAAGUAUUAUUAAGUUUUAUUGUAUGUCAAAAGCUGCCAAAAAACACAAGACCUUCAUCAUAAUCUCAUGUUGGGAAUUUAGAUCUGUACAUUCAGUAACUGAUAAUGAAAGUAAGAAAUGUUUUUUCCCCCAAAAAAAUGUGGAGUUAUUGUAAAAGUAAUGUUGAAUUUUUUAAAUUUAAUUAUAACUAUGCAUGCAUUAAUAAUAUACCAUUAAAAUUGUAUGUAUGUGUAAUACUUCAAAGUAUAAGCAUUGAAUGUUAAUGAUGUAUUUUUAUAGAUAUUUUUAAUAUAUUUUUCAAUGUACUGAGAAAAUGGAAUACUUUUGGGACAUAUUAAUUGAAGCAUCUUCCACAGCAAUGAUGAAUCCACCAAUGAUGAAUCCACCAAUCAGGCAAACAUGUUUAUACAUUGCUCAAGUUAAAUAUUAUUCUCCUUCCAAAAGUAUACCAAGUGCUUGAUCAUUUCUUAUUUUCAACUCUUGGUAUAUAAAGAAAAUGGAGAACUCAACCAUACAGGUAGGUUUUUAUAAAAUACUGGUUUUGCUCCACCUAACAGUGAUGUCAACCACAUCAAUCACAUAAGUACAUGAGCCAGUGUGUAGAACUCAGUUGAAUGAUAAGAGAAAUAUUACUGGUCAGUUAUUAGUGUUGCUAUGAACUUGUCUAACUGAAGCACAGCUGACAUACUCAUCACUGCUGCUUUGAAAGAUGCUUCAACUGUAAUUUUUAAAACAUUUUGUUCUAGUUUUCAAAGUGUCUGGAUACUAGCACAGAAAUUACAGGGGAUGGCAGAAAAUGGGUUUCUUUUUAUAUCUCUCUUACAUAUAUGAAAAAUAUUUAACAAUUUGCUUAAAGCAAUGAAAUGUAUUAUUUCACUAUUACAAGAAACUGGAAUGAACACAAAGCACAAAUUAGUCAUUAUAUUGUGCAGUCUUGUGACAUUGCAUUAUCAUUUGUGGACACAUUUUUUUUUUUUUUUUUUUUUGUGUGAAUCUCAAUAUUAUUAAUUUGAUGUAUCAGCAUGUUUCUUUUUUUUUUUUUUUUUUUUUCUUA